UCGUCGCCGUGGUCGCCUGCUUUUGGAGUCGUACAUUUUUGCAUGAAAAUUGCAACCAAAAAGAAUCACACUCCAUGGCCAUACGACAAUGUCCAAUGCUCGUGAGCUGGCAUUGAUCGAGAAAUGGGCUGACAUUGCCACACCGGCGACGCCGACGCGGCCCACACUAUCGCCGACCUCGCCGCGUUCCAUUGUGAAGUUCUGUUGCUGUCCGCAGCGCAGGCGCUACGAUUUGCGGCAGGCCAAGUGCAGCGGCAAGAACACGCUGCAUGCCAGAAACAUAUUCGUAGACAACGAUUUCAGUUAUAUUGAUGAUGUAGCAGCAGCGGGGCUGAACCAGCGACGCAGCCACACAGAUUGCCAAAACGAUAAGGAGUGCAGCAGCAGCAGCAGCAGCAGCAACAGCAGCAGCGAUAGCCACGAUAAUGCCAAUGAUAUCGCUGGCUCGAGAAACGACGGAAAUGUGGCGCUGAUAUUAAUGAAUCAACGAAAUCUGUCUGAACAAUGGCGGCAGGACAACAAAGGCAACAGCAGCAGCAACAGCAGCAGCGAUCUAUCUGCGGCAACUAAAACUUGCGCUGUCACAAAGAGCCCGCAGAGUGGCAAUGAGCAGCAACGACAACCAAUCCAAAGACUUAGCAAUAGCUUGCAACAGCAACAGCAACAGCAACUGCAACAGCAACAACAUAGCAAUAAGGAAAAUACGUUAAGCUACGACAACAACAACAAGCCGCGCUGUAAUUAUUGUAAAUUACCCGACACCGACGACGACGUGCCACAAACGAACAGCACUACGACGAGAAUUGAUGCAACGAAGUCGUCGCAGAAUAAAAUGACAAUUACGACAGCAACAACAGCCACAGCCAGAGCCACAGCCUGUGAGUGUGGGCAGACAACAACAGGGGCAGAGGCAGAAGAGUUUGUGGGUGCUGCCACAGAAGUGCUGUGCAACGAUAAAGCAACAUUGACAGCAGCAGCAGCAGCAGCAGCAGCAACAACAGCACCUAAGCCCCGCAUUGCAGCGCGUCCGACCACGCCCAGCCGCCUCAAGACUGUGAUCAAAACGACAAUGGUGAAGCGUAGUCCUAGCCAUGACUCAACGCAGGCCGCGGCACAUGUGUUGCCACAGUCACAGCCAAACAGCUGCAGCAACAUCGCCCAUGACGAGCCCAGACGUUCGGUUAGGGAGCGCAUCGCCGCCUUUGCGGCAGGAAAUGAGCCAUUGGGGCAGAGUGGGGCUACGGCAACGCGGCAACAUGACAAACUCAAGAAAUUAACUCAAAUGCAGUGCAAUGGAAAUGGAAAUGGAAAUGGCAAUACAAAUCAAAACAACAUGACAAGCGAUGUGAAAAGUGCAAUUAGCAGUGGCAGCAGCAGCAGCAGCAGCGGCAGCGGCAGCAGGAACUUGCAACAUCAAACGCUUAUCAACGGCAAGGCGACGACGCCGAAGGCAAUGGCAGGAGGAGUUGCAAGAGCAGCUGCCAGAACAGCAGCAGGAGCUGAAGGAAGUGCAACAGUUGAAGCAGCAAAAAGCGCAGCACAAGGAGCAGCAGCCACUGACGCGACGCGCUACAAAUCGGGAUUAAGUGAUGCGACGGGCAACGUUGCAGACGUUGAUGGCAACACGAUGGCUGCUGCCACAACCACGUUUGUGCCAAGUGCUGCAAGCGUUUUUAGCACCGGUUGUGCAACCAUGCCGCGCACUCGCCAAUACGGAAGCAGUGCCACAGCAGCAGCAGCAGCAGCAGGCGCAACAACUCCAUGCAACACCAUGACAGCUGAUAAGAAAUUCUUAAGCCAGGCGGCGCCGUCGCCCGUUGCUGCCAGCGGUAACACGGCGCAUCUGCAGCAUAAGCUGCAAUUUGGGGAUAAGGCUGAGUCCAAACUGGCCGCCUUGGACAACCUCGACUUGGCGCACAGUCUCGACCUGAUGGACGUCGAUGGCGAUGAUCCCUACGGGGCUUUGCAGGAAUAUCUGGAGCGUGUCAAGCGUGAGAUCAAUGAGGUCUUUGAGCUGCGAAAGGUACAGCGCCGCGAGCAGCAGCUCAGGGAGCAGCUGGAGGCAGCCACGGGAACAGCAGCAGGAGGCAUGCCGCUUGAUGAAUUGUCUCGUUCCACGGAAUCAGAUAGCGGCUUUGACAGCAGCAGCACCACAGCAACGACAGGGGGAGGCAGAGCAGCCACCAGGCCAGUGACAACUAAACUUCGGGCAUUGUCGCCACCGCCCCUUGGCGGCGCCGCCGCUCCUGCCCCCUUGGAGGAUGUCAACAUUUGGGCGUGCAAAUUUCUACGUGAUCUGGACAGCCUGAUGGCCGGCGAUAAGCUGCCACCGCAUCUGGCCCGGGCCCUAGUGGCCACAGGUGCGCCCAGCCAGCAGCCCACAGGCCCACGGACAGCGCCCAUGCUGCUGUCCGCAGCGGCCACAGCGGCCAUCCAGAGUCGCUUUGGCAAGGGCUCAUCCAUCACGGAACAGCAGCAGCAGCAGCAGCAGCAGCAGCAGCAGAACGGACUUGUCUUGAAACCCGAGAAGCACGCCACCAUUCCACUGCAAUCGUUUAACCUUGAUUGCGGACGCAACGAAGCGACGAUGUUGCCAGCCANGUCGAAUGUUGCCUAUAUGCGCACCCUAUCGGCGCCGAGUGGCCAUGGAGGAGCAGGCACAGUCGUGGCUCCAGCCAGUCAGCGCAAGAGCCUCGCUGGCGGCACAUUUAAUGGCCAUGCCAUGCAGACAACAUCGCCGACGACUCAUAAGCUGACAAAUUUCCAAAGUGCAUUGAAAAUCGAGGAGCUGGCAGCGGCGGCAACAGGUGAAUCGAUGACAGCAGCGACCACCACCAUCGAGGAGGAUUUGAAAUCUAGGCGACAGCGUCAAUUGAGCAGCGGCAGCGACAUGGAAACAAUGACUGCGACUCCGACUCCCUCUCCUUCCUCGAUUGUGGCCUCAUCUAUGCCCAUGUCGAUGCCAAAACGGGUGGCCAUUAAUCAUGCGGCAGCGACAGCCUCCUCAUUGAUGAACAGAAAUGCCAUCAGCCCAACGCCAGCAGCCGCGACAGGAGCUGCCGUUGGUGCUGUGGCAACCAAAGGUACGGCCACGCCCGGCUAUCUGGUGGAUGUGACCAAAAAAGGAUCCACAUCAACAAUUUGGACAUCCGAGGAGUCGAUACUCCGCAGCGUUGGCGCCGUCGAUGAAGACAACAACUCCACUUCAUCAUCAUCGGCCUGCGAGGAGGCAACAGGUGUGCUCAGUUCCGGCAAGUCGGGCAUCUCGCUGGACUCCUCUGGCCUGGACAAUGACAACAAUGAGAGCGGCAUUGGCACAGCCACACCGCCCAAGGACAUGUCCCACUGGAAGAGCCACCAUCUGCAGCACCACCACCACCACCACCACCAUCAUCAUCAUCAUCGAGCGGGCGAUCGCAGUGGCCCGGACAACGAGUCGGUGAGCAGCUUGGAGGCGCUGCGCAAGAUGAAGUUCCAGAAGAGCGGCUCGGUGGCCUCCUCCGAUGAUCCGGAUCUGCUCGAAGUGCUCAGCCAGUGCGGCAGCGGCGGUGAGGCGGAGGCAGAGGCAGAGGCAGAGGCGGCAAACGAGUCCCAGGACGACAUGCUGGAUGAGCGCAAGCAAAAGUCCAGCGGAGGCAGCAGCAAGCCCAGCGAUUACGACGAGUGCCACGAUGAGUUCGAUCUGGGGCAGCACAUCUGCGACUGCGACUGCACGGACGGCGAUGCGAGCAGCGCCAGCGGCGGCGGCACUGCCUCCAUGGCCGCCACGCCCGUGGUGCUGCGCCGCAAGUACAUCGCCCCACCGCCCAUUCUCGUGCCCUGCGGCGGCAGGCAGCGCAGUCAGCGGAGUCACUCGCUGGACCACUAUCACCAGCAGCUUCAUCUGCUGCAGCCGCGCAAGCUGCUGCCGCGCCACGCCAAUGCCAGCGGCCACAAGGAGCGCGCCCAGCUCUCCCUGGCGCUGCGCCAGGAGCCCUUCCAGUCGCUGCUCUCGCCCACGGCCACGACGCUCACGCAGCUGCAUCACUUCGUGGAGCUGCCCUCGCCCAGCAGCGCCUCGCUGCACAGCAAUCUGGGCGACUCGGGCGGCAUCCCAGAGCUCACCACGAAGUCCAACUCGGCGCCGCUGCUGCUCAAGGAGCGUGAGCUAAGCAGAAGAUACGAUGACUUUGCUGCCCAUCAUUUGACGCUGCGCUAUUCUCGUUCGCAGAGUGAUCGCUAUUUAGCAGAAAUCGAAGCCGUGGAGGCCUGCAAAUGGCUGCGUGCUGCAGGUUUUCCGCAAUACGCCCAGAUGUACGAAGUUCAUCAGUUUCCGCUUGACUUGAAUAAUGUAGCCAAAGAUCACACAAAUCUGGAGAACGAUCAGCUGCAGUCGCUGUACCGGCGGCUCUGUGUACUCAAUCGCUGUGCCACCAUGCGGCUGGAUCAGUCGCACAAGCCGCAAACACCGCAGCCCAAGGAGGAAUCGGAUGAUGAAAACUUUGCUCUAAGCGAAAACUGGACAUUCCAACCGCACAUUCGACGCUGGUCGCGCAUCGGGGAGAUGGGCCUGGAGCUGCCGCCGCCGGGCUCGCUGAAUCUGGAGAAGACCGAGAGCUCCUCGAAGGAGUCCAGCCCGGACCGCUUCGAGGACGAUGGCUACGAUUUGGGCGGUGCUGGCAUUACCCUGAUGAUCCCUGGCUGCAGCAGCAAGACCUCCACGGGCACCACCGAUGGCUCCUCGCUGGGCGAUGGCUCCGAUUCGGCUGGACGACUGCGACGCAGUGGCAGUGAACGCAUCAAGGACGGUGCCAAGGCCUUCCUGCGGCGCGUCGAGUCCAUCAAGUCGCGACGGCGCAAGCGCCAGAAUCGCGAGAACGUGGUCAUCAGUGGGCCCCAGGUGCUGGACCUGUCGCAGCUGGGACAGCGGAGCAGCCUCCGCAAACCGGAUGCCGUCUACUCCACCCCGCCCUCCCCCUCCGCGCUGAGUCCCAUGCACACAUUCCCCAAGGCGCCGUUCUUCGGCAACGAGCUGAAGGUGCCCAGCCACAGUGAGAAUUUCCUCAGCCCGAAUCGCGCCAGUCCGAAGCGCACCCCGACCACACCCCGCUCGAUGCGCACCAGUCCGCUGCACUUCUUCUCGAAUCCCAUGACGCAGCUGAAGGAGGGCAAGUCGGAUGACUCCUCGUCGUACUACAGCGACAGCCAGGAGUCGUCCACGGGCGGCAAGCUGUCGCUGCGCAAACCCUCCAAGGCGCGACGCUUCCUGCAGCGCUCGGGCAAGGUGGACGACAUCGGCGCUCACUCGGACUCCGAGUGCCACCAGGGACGCAAGCUGCUCAUCAAGGAUGCCAACUCCAACACGACGGAGGUGAAGAUCAAGAAGCUGACACGUGGAGGGUCCCUGAACCUGGGCAAAGAUGUCAAGAAGCGGGAUGGCUUCCGCACUUCCUCGUUUCGCUCUCGCAGCACCACCCGCAAGGAUCCCAAGAACGACGAGGAACAGGGCGGCGGUGGUGGAGCCAGCAAUGGCGGGGGAGGCAGUGGAUCAAAGCGACAGCCAGUGGUGCGCUGGCACAGCUUCCAGAUGGAGGAGCGCCCCAACAUGAUCUUCCGCAAGUGCUUCUCGAAGAAGAUCGAGCCGGUGCAGGAGGAUGCAGGCAUUCCAUUUGCCGCCAUGUCGGCGGGACAACUCCAAAUCAUUCGCAAACUGGCGCUGGUCACGCUCACCGGCCACAUGGAGCGCUACUGUCCCACCCAUCGCUCCGGCUGGAACUGGGAGCUGCCCAAGUUCAUCAAGAAGAUCAAGAUGCCGGACUACAAGGACAAGAAGGUGUUUGGUGUGCCGCUCCUCCUCGUGCUGCAACGCAGCGGCCAGACCCUGCCCAUGGCCGUGCGCGCCGCCUUCCGCUGGCUGCAGCUAAACGCCCUCGAUCAGGUGGGACUCUUCCGCAAGAGCGGCGGCAAGUCAAGGAUCAUCAAGCUGCGGGAACAGAUCGAAGUGAGUGAGUCCACGGUGGAGUGCAUGGAUGUGUUUGAUCUGCAGCAGGCCUACGAUGUGGCGGACAUGCUGAAGCAAUAUUUCCGCGAACUGCCCGAAUCUCUGCUAACCACCAAGAUGUCCGAGACAUUUGUGGCCAUCUUUCAGCAUCUGCCCGCGGAGGUGCGUCUGGAUGCGGUUCAGUGUGCCGUGCUCCUGCUGCCGGAUGAGAAUCGGGAGAUCCUUUACGUUCUACUCGAAUUCCUCACCAUCGUGGCUGGCAACUCGCAGCAGAAUCAAAUGACCAGCAACAAUCUGGGCGUGUGCCUGGCCCAGUCCAUUUUCCACUCCUCCAUUUCCACGGGCUCCGCCUCGGUCUCGGCAUCGCCACGCCGCAAGGGCAAGGGCACCGGCAUGCCGGACAUGAAGGAGCUGGCCGAGGCGAAGGCCUCGCACGAGUGUCUCUCCUUUAUGAUCGAGCACUACAAGCAGAUCUACACGGCCGGCAAGGAGAAGCUGAGCAAGUGCAACUUUAGCUACAUGGAAGAGUCGAAGCCGGUGCCACUGGAGGCCCUGGGCGAGGGCAUGCAGUUCCACAAUUGGCGGGGCUAUCUCUACGAGUGCACCAGCGCCACCAUCAAGGAGGGAAGAGAGAAAACCCGGGGCUGGUUCAGCAUAAAUUCGCUCAACGACAGCAGCGUGGACAUUGCCUACAAAAAAGUGGGCGAUGGUCAUCCGCUGCGUCUGUGGCGCUGCUCCACGGAGAUUGAGGGACCACCAAGGGAGGUCCUCGAGUACGUGAUCAAACAGCGCGCCUCCUGGGACAUCAAUUUGCUGCAGUGUCAGACGGUCAAGAAGCUGGACGAUCGCACAGAGAUCUAUCAAUAUGCGCUGGAUGGACAGCUCACCACGGACUUUUGUGUCUUGCGCUCCUGGCAAACGGAUCUGCCACGUGGCGCCUGCGUCAUUGUGGAGACAUCCAUAGACAAUGCCAAAGCCAAACCGCUGUAUGGGGCAGUACGCGGCGUUGUCCUUGCCUCGCGCUAUCUCAUCGAGCCCUGUGGCAGUGGCAGAUCGAGAGUCAUGCAUCUGGCCAGAGUGGAUGUCAAGGGCAAAACACCGGAAUGGUACAACAAGAAUUAUGGACACAUUUGCUCCCACUAUUUAUCCCGCAUCAGGCUGGCCUUCAAGCACGUUGCCGAUGGACCCGAGAGCAAGGUCUAAGUUGGCAAUAUAAACGCACAAAAUAUAGAUACAGCUAUGCCGAAUUUAUUGGCGGUUAUUCGUCGCAAAAUUGACGCAUUUAUUACAAAAAGAAAAGCAACAAAAAGUAAAUAGUUAGCCCCCGAGUACCCCCAGUUCGAACAACCCAACGAUUACGCAAUUAUCCAUAAACCCAACGGACCAUAAAGAGCUUAAAAAGAGAGAGAGAGAGAGAGAGAGUAAAGGAAGGGAAAGAGAGAGAAUAUAUUCUUGUACAUAGUUUAGUUUUAUAAAUAUCAAAGAGCAGGCAAAAAAAAGGUUUUCUUCAAUAUCUUUUUUCGGUUUACGUUUUAGUUUAGUGUAUUAUAUUUAUACGUGGUCCUAAUUUAUAUAUUAUCUAUGCAUACCCUAGCUGUACGACACUUGAAAUCUAACAUCCAAAAUACUCAAUACACAAAUAUCACAAAAUAUAUCUGUAAUGAUUUCUGUAGACCCCCAAGCCACACACCCAGAAAUGUCUUUUAAUGUUAAUUAGUUUUUAGUCUCGGCAAAUACGUAUGUCUAACAUUGCAAUUAUCCCUAGAAGAGCGUGAAUUAUUUGUGCAUAAAAUGGUUCAAGAAAAUCUAAAAAGAAAAUACAGCAAAAAGGCGACGAUUGUGCACGGAAAAACCCUGCAAAUUGUGUAAAGAAAGAAAGAAAAACCUUCAAAUGUGUAAAGCAAAUUCAACUAGUCAAAUUUUAUAAACUUAAGUUAAACUAAACUACUAACUAACGCCUACACCUACACCUACACCCAAAAAUACACUCACAUUAAGCAGGAGUUCAAUUGCCACUCAAUAGUUUUUGUCCAGCGUUGAUUUGGUAUGGUAAAUACUUAUAUGAUUGAUUGAUUGAUUGAUUGACAAACUAUUAUGUAAAUGUGUCUGUUAAGCGAAUAAAUUAUAUGUCUACCCUAUUCGCGUUAUUAUCCCUAUCAGUAGUAGUCUUACGGCGAGCGCAUUAUAUGAUAACUCAAAUAUAUAAAGUAUAACAGCAUAAAGGAAACCGCAAUAAAAACGUACAUAAAUGC